AUGUCUGUCAGCGCAUCAACCUCAAAUAGUCGAGUCCGGUUAGAACCGAUUUCAUUGCCAACCUUCACUGGUAACAUUCAAGACUGGCAAUCGUUUUACGAUUGCUUUCGCGUCAUGGUGCAUGAAGAUAAUGGAUUUUCUUCAGCGCAGAAGUUUUAUUAUUUAAGGUCUCAUCUUGCUGGUGCUGCACUCGAUUUAGUUAAAUCUGUACCAAUGACAGAUGUAAAUUACGAAGUUGCAUUAAAUCGCUUAAAACAAAGGUAUGACAAUCCAGGACUUGUUAUUCAGUCACACAUUCGCUCGAUUUUAGAAAUUCCAUACAUACAAAAAACCUCGGCAAGUGAAUUACAAGGUCUUCACGCCCACAUUUGCGUUCAUAUUGCCGCUCUUAAGGCUAUGAAGCAACCAACGGAUCAAUGGGAUGCCUGGUUAGUAACAAUUAUAGUCAGUAGAUUGGACACAGCUAAAAGUCAUGAUUGGCAAUUACGCCAAGAAUCCACAGACUUGCCUAAAUACGCAGCAUUAGAAAAGUUUCUGGCAAACAGAUGUGUUGCAUUAGAGAAUUCUGAUUACAGUAAACAGACUUCUGGUGAAGUAGACAGUCAGCGAAAUUAUUCAAAGGGGAAGGAAUAUGAGCAAAAACCGAAAAAAGUCGCUCUAAUAGCUGGAACGGAACAUGAAGUCUGUCCUAAGUGUAAGGGUCAGCACAAAAUAUAUAGUUGUGAAAGCUUUAAGAAACUUUCCGUAAUAGAACGCCUAAAUGUAAUAAGAGAUGCUAGACUGUGUUUUAAUUGUUUAUCCGGUUGUCAUUUAGCGAAUGUUUGCAAGUCCAAGUAUUCAUGUGGUCGUUGUCAUCGCAGACAUAACACCCUACUUCAUCUUGAGGGAAGACCAGAUAAUACCACUGAAAACGUAACGAAUGAUGCACAGGAGGCAAGCUCUAUGAUUGCAUCUACAUCUCAAGGCCAUGCACAUGCAAUGGCUGUUACAUUACUAAAUAGUUAUGUUUUCUUGUCAACGGCGGUAGUUAUAAUUAAAGACAUACAUGGAAAGGCUCAUAAAUGUCGAACAGUUUUAGACAGUGGUUCCCAAUUAAAUUUUAUAUCUAAAGGGCUGCAAAAUAAGCUGAAAUUGCCCAGUGAAAGGGUUGUAUUACCAGUGUGUGGAAUAGGUACAAGUCAGUUGCAAACCACUUCAAGAGUCAACAUUCAGUUACUGUCAUGUGUCUCCGCAUUCAAGCUAGAUAUUGCAUGUCACGUUUUACCGAAUAUAGCAAGUGAUCUUCCAGCAUGCAGGAAACCUAAGGAUGGUUGGCAUAUCAAUGAGAAAUUAUCCAUACAAUUAGCUGAUCCUAAAUUCGACCAAGCAGGCCCAGUUGAUGUAUUAAUAGGAGCAGGUGUAUUUUUUGAUAUUAUGACUCCUGAAAGAAUUCCGUUAGAGAUUGGCAACGUAUCACUGCAAGGAACCAAGCUUGGAUGGGUUGUAACUGGUGAAAUUGUAGCAACCUGUCUUUUAGGAGUUGGAAGGCCACAAGAAGAAGACUGGGAAGCAACUCAGCGCGAAGAGAACCAGCCAUUCGGCCGAUCGUCAAAGGCCAACCUACAAUUCUUGGAGGAGCAGGAAGCUGUAGACCAUUUCAUGAAAACAGUUACUAGAAACUCUGUUGGCCGUUUUGUUUUACGAUUACCCACAAAGCCAAGGGUCAAUGAGUUAGGAUGUAGCUUGAAUAUGGCAACCUGUCGUUUCAUGAACGUUGAGAGAAGGCUUUAA